AGGAAAAAACCUUUCCCAUCAGAGAAAGAGGGAGAUCUCUUUGGAAACAUGGAGCUGCUGUGCUGCGAGGUGGAUCCCAUGAGGAGAGCUCUGCCUGACCCGAACUUGCUCUACGACGACCGCGUUUUGCACAACUUACUAACCAUAGAGGAAAGGUAUCUGCCUCAAUGCUCCUACUUCAAGUGCGUCCAGAAGGACAUCCAGCCCUUCAUGAGGAGGAUGGUGGCCACUUGGAUGCUGGAGGUCUGCGAAGAGCAGAAGUGCGAAGAAGAAGUUUUCCCUCUGGCCAUGAAUUACUUGGACAGAUUCUUAGCUGUGGUGCCCACUCGGAAGUGCCAUCUGCAGCUGCUGGGGGCGGUGUGCAUGUUCCUGGCCUCCAAGCUGAAAGAGACAAUCCCCCUCACAGCCGAGAAGCUGUGCAUAUACACGGACAAUUCCAUCAAACCCCAAGAGCUGCUGGAAUGGGAGCUGGUGGUGCUGGGGAAGUUGAAGUGGAACCUUGCAGCCGUCACCCCACACGAUUUCAUUGAACACAUCCUAAGGAAGGUGCCUCUCCCUAAAGACAAGUUGCUUUUGAUCCGGAAGCAUGCACAAACCUUCAUCGCCCUUUGUGCCACAGAUUUUAACUUUGCCAUGUACCCACCAUCAAUGAUAGCAACUGGAAGUGUGGGAGCAGCCAUCUGUGGCCUUCAGCUCGAUGAUGGGGACAGCCUCACGGACCUCCUGGCCAAGAUCACAAACACAGAUGUGGACUGCCUUAAAGCUUGUCAGGAACAGAUCGAGGCGGUGCUCGUGAACAGCCUGCAGCAAGUCCGGCAGCAGCAGCAGCAGAGCAACCCCUCCAAGACAGUGGAUGAACUGGACCAGGCCAGCACUCCCACAGAUGUGAGAGACAUCAACCUGUGAGGACAUCGGCACACCAAGUCACGCUUGCUCCCCCAGACCCUUUAUUUUUGUUAUUAUUUUUAGAGUGAAGUUUUUUUUUAAUCUGCUCCCACAUAGAACAUAUUUAAAGCUCUUUUAGGUAUAAAGAAAAACAAAAAAAAAAAGUACAAAAACUGAAUAAUGAAAAAAAAAAAAGCGUUUGGUGCCUGUGAUGUUCUACAGAAGGGAAUCCCACGAUAUAUUUGGUAAUUGCUAUUUGAUUAUGUAUCAGUGAUAUUAAAUGCUUAUAAAAGCAUACAAAGUAGCUAGAUCAAUGUAAGCCUGCAUUUGUGGGAACAAAGUAGAGUAUACUUGUCUGUGUAUUAUGAACUAGUGCAUACACCCCUUUUUUAGAUUUAAGAAAGGAAUUGUGUGUGCGAUUUUAUGGCUUGACUAGAUUGCAAAGCAAUAGAAUAAGGGGUUUAGGGCAAAGUGGGAAAAGAUCCCUGAAGCAAUUGAACCAUUUUGAAUGCAGAAGAGAUUUGCUGAUCUGUCACCUCUGUUAUUAGUCAGAAGUGUUUGUUGGAUCUCUGUAUGUUAGUUUUGUUUACUCUUGCUGUCUGUGGUAGCUGCUACCUAAGAAAGAAGAUGCUUUAUUUUACCAGCCAGAAGAGCAGGUGUCUUUUGGGCUUUUUUUUUUCAGUUGAUUUAUUUUUCUUUUUUUUUUUUUCCCAACUUCCCCUCUGCCCCUCUUGACUUUUUAUCUACUUUUCCUUCCGAAAUGGUUCAUUUUAAACACAGCAGCAUCUUUGGCAUGAGGGCAAUUCCUUUUACCCAGCCGUGGGCCGAGCCAAAGUUCCCAAGUGUUCACGGUCAGUGGGGGGAAUGCAUGCAUUAAUCCCGACCUGUUGGCUGGGCAGGCCACCUCCAACCUUUGGAUUGCAAGAUGUGGUGGAUCAUCUAGGAAAAGCAUUAUAUUCCUUUACAGUGCUAAUGCUUCACGUCCAUGAUAACGUCUGGCAGCUUCUUAGCUUGGCCACAAAGACAUUUAAAUGAUGCUCUGUCCAUCUUCCCUUGUAAUAGCCCCUCACUGUGUUAAAGAAGAUGAGGCUUUGCUUCCUCAUCUCUUUCCCCCCACUCCCCCCGCACACUUUUUCAGCAUUUCAUUAAUUUUAUUGAUCCACAGUGAGCGUUUUUGUAAACCAUUUCAUUCGAAAAGCACUUUGAAAAUUGUUCCUAAGGGAUUAAAUGAGAUGGUUUAUGACAAUUUUGCCGAGGAAAGAAAAACAAAAACAAAAACAAAAAAAAAAGAGAAAAAAAAAAAAAAAACGAAAAAAAAAAAGAAGUCACAAAAGCAAGGCUUUGUAUAGCUUUUUAUAGUCAAUAUUUUCCAGUAUCUGGUGUACUUGGUUAGCUGUGGUGUUGCUGGAAAUACCAACACCCGCUUCAGAUGACAUUCCUGUCAUGACAUUCCUGAUAAAAGCCUGACCAUCUGUAUUGUUCAGUGUCACAGAAGGAUCUUAAUACCACCUGCAUGUUUAUCUAUGGACAAGGAAAGAAAAUUGCUGGUGCAACAGCCAUGGUGGUAAACAUCGAGGUGCGCAACUUGGAGUUUUAUUACAAUGGUGUAUUCAGU